UAAACAUAAACACUUGCUAGUCAAACAUGCAGCUAUGAAACCCGUGAAGGUCACAAUGUGUAAUUUAGAGCAAUGAAAAGCCAAACAGAAUCAAAAACUAAAGAUGGAUGAUGAAUGGAGUGUUAAUCUCAAUCAAACACAGCAAAGUCAGUCAGGAACAUCUAAAUUCAUCAUCCUUGAUUCUCAAGAACAGGCUGACAACUCACAAGGGGACUGGCCUGCACUACAACUUACAAUGGCUGACGAAGAGUCUAAUAAUAAUCAACAGUCCAUCAAGGGUAGGCGUUUAAGUCUUGAGGACCUUUCUGAAGAUGACAGGAAAUCAGAAAAUGCAGAGGUGUUAGUGCCAGACAGCGAGAUUGAGGGGACCACCUUGCACAGACAGAGAUUUUCCAAUAAAGGGUACAGGCUCCCAAGUGAUGCUGAUGAAGUGAUCAGUGAGUCGGAGGACCAAGUGAAUGAGACAGUUGUAGAAAGACCACCCAAAGGGGAUGAAAAAUCAACAACAGAGGAGGAGGAGGAUAAACAAGCUGAUGCCUCAAAUAUCAAACCAAUGCACAGUAGUAAUGGCAGUGACUCCAGUUUCCAUUCCAACAGUAGACAGGGACUAGGGAGUUACCAACAGGCAGAAAUGUCCCACACGGGGCAGGAGCCUAGUGUCCGAGGUCAUCGGUUCAAAAUGUUCCAGGAGACUCUCUCACAAGACAUCUUCCAGGAAGACCCUGAUGAUGAUAGAGAAUCGUCAACCCCAUCGGAGUUUAUUGGAAGUCUUCAACUGUCUAACCAACCCAUGUUAGUUCCAGAGACAGUUGAUGAGGACGAGAAUGCAAUUCCACCAUCACCAACAGCAUAUGGAAAUGUUCCAAAAAUUAUUCCCUCAUCACCGACAGAUGAAAAGACUACAGAUUCUGAUUUAGAUGAUUUUGAUGAACGUGUCUUUGAUCCUGCAGCUGAGAGUACUUUCGCUGAUAAACCACAAGCCCACCAUGUUCAGAGUUCUGAGGAAAGUGGUUUGGACCAGGACAGUAGUGGAAAGUCAGAUGAGCAAAAUGUCACUGUAAAAAGGACUUCAGACGGAGAUCUGUUAUCCAAGGAGGGGAGACAGGAGGAGUCGGACAAAGUGAAAACACUGAUUACUGACGAUGUAGAAACCUGUGGAGAGUCAUUACAUCUAUAUUACAGUGCUACAGAAUCUCACUCCACCCAGCAGAAAGAAGAAUCUGUAGAGGUGGUUUAUGUGGAGGAAAUGAAAGACGACAGUGUCAUUAUAAUCAGUUUUGAUGAGGAUACAGAACAGGCAGAUAAUAAAAAAACACAGAGAAGUUUGGUUACGGAAAACUAUGAAGGAAGUGAAUCACAAGACCUUGUGCUGCAUCUUACACCUUCACAGUACUCCAAAAGCCAGUCUUCAUUAAGGGGAAGUAAAUCUUCACAAACACAAAAGAGUAAAAUACACUCACCAAGUCAGAAUCCUGAACAGCAAGAAAAUAAGGACUUGGAAGAUAAUGCUGAUAAGAAAAACAAGGCUGACACAUCAAGUUCAGAUUCUGCUGGCUUCCAUCUGUCACUGCCCAAGACAGGUACACUGCUUCAUCCUGUUGAAAUUUCUCCCACUCUAACAAGACAGAAGCAGCCAGCAUCUGAAAUUGACUUGCCACAUGAUCCUACCAAGUCACCUGGACCGUCCCAUCAGGCACAAGCUUGUGAAGCCCAACCUGUUCGUGCUCCAUCGCUCACCAUUGACAUGAUAGACACUCAGCCAUCCAUGUCAGACCCAAGCUUCACGCUUCAGAGACCAGAGAUGAGAGAAAUGCCAUCAGAACAGACAGAAGACGUUAGGUUUGAUGUCUUUCGUCACAGAAAAAGCAAGCUGACUAAGUCACCUUCAAAACGUCAGAUCAUCAGUGAUGUGAGUGACGAUGAGUGCCUACCUGUUGGAAGUGAGAAGAAAAGAGCUCGGGAAGAAGCUCUGUCACCGAAAGCAGAAAGUCAACAAAUGCCGAAGCUGAAGAAAACGCGGACACUAUCAAGUGAAGCAACAUCCACUGGUUACCAGGCCAGUAUGGAGGGAUUAGAAGUCAUGGAUACAGCUAGUCCAACAGAACACAUGGAAGUACAAGAAGACCCAGAGGAUGUUAUGAUGCAGGAAACGGAGACUUAUGAUGCUGACCAGCUUAUUCAAACAAUGGACACUGGGGAUAUACAAGAUCCCAUGCCUGGACCUUCUGGGGUCAAAGUUCAUAGUGGGUCAUCUAACCCCUCAAGGGCCAUAGGUCAAGGAAAACUGUCUGAUAUCACCGUCAAUUCUGCAGAACCUUCAUUCUUGAUGGAGGUUAAGGACAAAAGUCACACACAGAUAAAAGCUUGUGGUGAGGAUGUAUCAAACUCAUUAGCUGACAGGCAGCCAUUCCAAUUAGUGUCAAUAAAUACUCCUAGACCAUUCCUUGAGGAAAGUGAACACGUCGCACAGAAAUCUCUCAACGUUGAUAGGCCCAGUGUUAGUGAAGAUAUAUCACAUUUAGAGCUAGUAAAAGAAACAAUUAGGCAUGGGCACAAACGGGGCAAAGUGAAAGGAAAGAAGAGUUCCAAGGGUAUCUUAAAAAAAAGGACAGAGCAUGACAAGGAAAUGACAGUUAUCUCAGAGAGACGGAGGGAGACAAGGUUACCUGAUCCUUACACAUUCCAUGGGUCGCAAUCCCAGAUCAUUUCUCCUGAGAAGGCAGACACGGUACUUGAGGAUGAAGGACAAGAAACGUCAGAAGUGUUGGAACAACAACCUGCUCCUGGUACAUCUGGAGUUGAAACCACGCCGACAUCAACACGGAAAAAAUGGACUCGUGUCGUCCAUAAAAAAUCAGGAAUCAAAACAGGAGGUCCAUCACAGCAUGUAUCUUUUCAUAAUUCAGUGAAAAAUAGACCAACACCUCCGAAGUCAUUAACCCCAAGACAGACUCCCAAAGGAUUUAAAACAAGUGUUUCAGGGUCAACUGACAAAGAACAAACAAAAUCAUCAGUUGAAGGUCAGCUGCUUGUGAGAUCUCCAGCGAUUAAUUCUUCUACAUCUGUGAUAACUCCUACCACAGUACAAGUCACAUCUGUAAUACCACCUACAGUCACGCAGAGUCUACCAGUGAGAGCGACUCCUAUUUGUCAGGAUCUAGUUGUUGGACCAUUGUCCAUGACAACAUCUGGCCAUUCAGUGCCACCCCAGCAACAGGAGACAAUGGUCACUAAGACUGUGUACAGAAUGUGGCUGUAUGAAAGUAAGGAAAUCACACAGACUUUCUUUGGUCCUGGUGGAGGUGUCCUCCGAACGACUUUCAAGAAGGAAGAAGAUCCUCCAAAAUUGUUGAAGGAAGUGACAACUGAGACAUCAGAACUUCUCUCCAUGUCAGAUCUGUCUCUAUCACCGUCACGGAGUACCAGCACAAUGACCUCAGGUGACCUUGCAGAUGUCAGUUCAUCAUUGUCUCGCUCUAGCAGUGGAAGUCAUCGUGGUUCUCGACAGAACCUGGCCAGUCUGGAGGGAAUAUCACAAGCUGCCACAGAAAAAACCGCUGAAAGGGAUAUGUACUUCACUCCACCUGAGCCAGUUCCUGUCAGACGAGCAAGUGAGAAGUUGAAUCAAGUAAAACAGGAUGAAGAGACAAAUGUAACAAGGAGAAGCUCCACCCAGCCCUCUGACUACGAAAACUCCCCUCACGUCGGAGACCUAUCCACCAUUAAUAAAACAGGAAGUGAUGUCAUGGAAUCAUCACGGUUGACCGAAGAGAAGAGGAAUUCAGAAUCGCUGUUUACAAGUUCGACUGAAGAUUGUGAGAAACUUGAAGAAAAAGAGAAGACAGAUACAGGAGAGAAAAUCUCAGAUAAAAACUUGGGAAAUAUCAGUGAGUCUUCAGAAGGAAUUCCAUGUGGGCAGACAACAGUUAGCGUUACUGUGCAAUCCUCAGACGGUGCUGAGGGCAAGGAUGACAACAAGGAAGCAGCAACUGUUGCUACUACUAAUGCUGAUCUGCGGUCACCAAAGAGGAAAAAACGGUCAGAAACCAGCGGUAGUAGGAGCUCAGAGAUCAGUCCCCAGAUAUCAUACCAGGAUCCUACCCUCGUUAGGCCUGAUCGCUCCCUAAUGUGUACUCCGCCCACCAGAGGGAGUGCCAUCAAAAGUGAAACUGUUGUGGGUGCAAGAGUUUUAGCCAGGUGGAAAGAUGGCUUCUACUACCCAGGAGCCAUAUCACAAAUACUUAAAUCCAAGUAUCAGGUGAGAUUUGAUGACGGAGAUGUGAGGUUCGUGAAGGUGAGUGACCUCCUUCUGAUUGAGCGCCUGCCUGUCGGUCAGUCGGUCUUUGUGCAAAGUAACGAUGGAUUUUUUGAGCCAGGAAUCAUUACUGACCACAAAUCUCAGUCAAAAACCAGUCCUUGUAACUAUGUUGUUGAGAAGGAUAAUGGAAAAAGUGCUCAGUUCCGUUGUAGUCAAGUUAUACUGAGUGAUGAUCAAGCUCGGUGUCUCGUCAUCGACAUUGGGUGCAACAUCCACACGUCACCUGUAGGUCCACCCCCCACAACUCCUAAAACAGCAGACGUCAGUCUUGAUAACCUGAUGGACAGUAAAAGAAGAGUGACCAGUCGAUAUGAACAAAAGGACAACAGAGAUAAGAGGAUUAACCCAUCCACAUCAAAAUCCACAAUAGAUGCUCCAAUAGCAUCCACAUCCCAGUUGUCCUCCGCGAAACGGAAACGUGGUGGCAGAGUAACAACCAAUCCCGUAGCCACAAGUACUCCGACUCCAGCUAAAGUCUCUGUGAGCAGGUUGAGGGCUACAGUUGUAGGUUUAGAUGCCAGCCCUGUAGGUGCUGCAGUCAGUUCUCCUGUGACACCAAGGCGAUCUCCCAGAAAAGCAAGAAUUGGUCUGUUUCACAGUGACAGGGAAGCCAGGUUACGACUAAAGACAUCAUUAUUCAAGGGGAUGGUGUUCAUGUUGACUCACGUUGGCAAGAAGUCAGAACAGAAGGAAGAAGAGAAGAUGCUACUAGAGGACUCGCUUGAUGUUUCUACUGAUGAAAGUAGCUCAAAUGAUGAGCCGGCAAUACCAUUUGACAAAAACCAGCUUAAGACCCAGAUAGAAAAUGGAGGUGGGAUAGUAUUGGAAAAGUACAGUGAAUCUGAGGUGUCAUCAGCUCGUCAGUGUAUAUUACUGUCAGAUACCUAUCAGAGAACUGUCAAGUAUUUCCAGUGUUUGGCAGCAGGACUUCCGUGUCUGUCACAUGUUUGGAUAUAUGAUUGCUAUUACGAGGACAAACUACUGGACCACAAGGCCUACAUACUACCAGCUGGUGUCAGUUUAGAGAAGAGACAACUGAUAGAAUGGAAACCAACGGGUAAUCUAUUAGUCAACAUGAGGUUCCUGGUGGAAUCUCAGAGCACACGGUUCAGGGAGGAAUGGUCAACCAUUGUCAGAAUAGCUGGAGGAGAAGUCGAAACUAAAAUACAGAAUCGUGAUCACAGAGUUAAUGUUAUUCUGACGGACAACACAUGCUCGAACGCAGUCCUACGUCGCACCAAGCAGCUUGGAUUACCAGUGGUAUCGACUGAGUGGAUGAUACAGUCACUCAUUAAUGGACAGCUAAUGGCAUACGAUGGUCACCCAAGAUACAGAUAUGACUAUGUUCAUAAGUAGAAAAUUGGGCAAAUCACAUUUUAGAUCUUCAGUGGAAAAAUCCUUAAUUCAUAUGUAAAUGUAUGAAAAACAAUUAUUGAGAGGAAAGUUUCCUGGAAAAUGCCUCAGUGAUUGUUUUGACAUAUAACUGUAUGUGUCACCAUUUACAGACUAAGGACUAUGUUAUAUCAUAUUGAGGUCCACGCAUACAGAAUGUGACUGGUGAGGUUAAUGCACAAGCUAAGAAUUUCAUACAAAAGUCCCCACCUAAAAAUCUGACCAGUGAGGUUUACAUAUGCCUUGGAUGUAUCCUACUGAGGUCCAUACCUACAGAAAGUUAGUGUGGCCACAUCAUUGGUGAGGUUAAGAUAUGCCCUGGGCAUAUCCUGCUGAAGUCCAUGUUUACAGAAUGUGAUUAGUGAGGUUAAGAUAUGUUUUAACUAAAAUGUCUGUGUCUUUUUCCAUGGAAGAAAGUAUUUUAAACUGUUUCAAAAUGGUAUAGUUAAUGUGCAAUAUUACUUUUAUCUCUCAGGCUGGUGAAAAUUGAAAUGUUUUUCCCCACUCUCUUAUCAAUUGACAUACCGGUAUAUACUGUUUAUCAUUUUUACCAGUUAUGAAGUGAGUCAUGUAUUGAUCUAUUUUUAAAGGCGGUUUUAUAGAAUGAUAAAUAAUUUCUUAUUUUGAUGUAGCCUUUAAAUACUGGUGUAACAACUAUUACUCAUGAAUUUGUUUUUAAAAAUUCAGCACUGUAAAAAAUCCAUGAAAUUUUGUGAAUGAUUACAAGUUUUUAGGGCGUGAAAAUAACUUGUGCAACUACAAAUUGAGGCCAACAUUUUCAACAACCUGUAUGUGGAUUCCGUCAAACAGCUUUAUGUGAUAAAUUGUUUUAAUGAUUGGGUAUCUUGAUUUCUUUAAUGAUGAAAUUUAUUCCACAUUGUUUUUACUGAACAUUGUUAUGCAUUAAAAAGUAAACAGAACGGACAUUAAUAUUGAAUGUUCUCCUUUGCCCAGCUGUAUAUGAAGAUGGCUAUAUCAAAUGCUUAUGUCUGAGGGUAGGCUUGCCUUCCUUUGAAUGCUAUUUUGGACCUUGAUUUCAGUGUAAUAACUCUAUCAAGCUGGAACCUUGAAAGCAACAAUCGAUUGGUUUUCUUGCAUGAUAUUGGUCUAAAAAUUGUGGUUAAAUGCUUGAGGUACCUGUUAAAGUAAUUAUUUUGUGGGUAUGUUGAGAUGUUAAAUGUUGUGUAUGAUCAGUGCUAGUUGAAAAUUCCUGAUGUAUAUAUGUUUUAUUCUAAUUAUUUUAAUGUACAAUGUAUAUUAAAUAUGCACUAUAACUUUUUUGAUAUCUUUUUAACUUUUAAUGUUUAAAAUCCACAAAAAGUUAAAUUUUGUUGGUAGCUUUUCAACACUAAUUUCAUGGCUUUUUAUUCAAAUUAUUUUUUAUGCAUCAUAUUACAGAAUUUCCAGGACAAAUCAACCACUUUUUAAAAAAGGCAUUUUUUUUUAUAAAGUUUUAAUUAAUUGAAAUUGAAUAGCGAGUCAGAUUAUAGAUAGAUUUUUAACUGCUCAAAAAACAAUCCUAUUAUGCCCAAAUUUUUUUAUCAACUUCAACACAAGUAGUUUUCAUCGUUUAUAGAAAUAGAAUGAUACACUUAGUUAAUGGCAUAAAUUUUCUCAUCGAUAUAUACUCUGCAGUUUUUCUGAGCGUUUAUUAAACUGAAUGUGUGUAAUACAUUUUGUAUGUGGUGGCAAGCUAAAUGAUAUUCUGUGAAAAUACAUGUUGUCAAUUUGUGAAUCAUGAGACAGUGCCUUGGUAUUUCAUAUUUACCACUGAAAACAUACAAUAUUGGAAACUCAGUAUAUUUCUGUCGCGUUUUUGAAGAUGGUAUCACUUUUUAUGAGGAUUUUAAUGCAAAGUAAUGUUACCCUCAUUGUAAAACGUUGUGCCAAAACUGAAUAUUAAAAACUUUUCACAUCGUGAAUAUUUUGAAA